AUGCACCAGUACGGUUUCCCGAAUGGAGCCAAAGAAAUACAUUUUGUAUCGUUAUCUGUUACAUUUGGAACCAGCUAAGCGAUUCUCGAAAUGGGUCGACCGCCUUGCGGGCCAUUCCGUAGGGCCCCCUUGGGUUCGAUUAUAGUUUUCUGGGGUCUGGUUUCGAUUGGGUUUCUGUUAUUAGUACCAACUGUUACAGCAGUUGGAAAACUGUGCUACGAGGAUGAAAAAGUGGCCAAAUUGGUGGAAAACAAGAGCCAGGCAAUCAAAUAUGGUGACGGAACGUACUACUGCAUGUUCAGUGAGCACUCCUUACGCAUUCCUAUCAUGGUGGAUGCGCUGUCCUGUUCCAUUGACUACGAGGUUCGCAAGAAACCAGUCUGUUGCGACGGUUUUCACGCAGUAGGAUCCGAAUGUUUACCAACAUGUCGCCUGAAAUGCAUUUUUGGGGAAUGUGUCGCUCCGAACACGUGCACUUGCUACGAUGGCUACCGAAAGGUGAACGAACACCGGUGCGAACCCGUCUGUGAAACGCCGUGUCAAAAUGGCCGAUGCGUUGCUCCGAAUGUGUGCUCUUGCGAUGAGGGUUUCGAGCGCGACGCAACGAGUGGAACGUGCAACCGGAAGUGCGAUCGAACGUGCCAUUUUGGUCGCUGCGUUAACGAUGUGUGCGAGUGUGAUGAGGGUUUCCGGCUUGAUCCUACGAACGAGGCUGCUUGCGUGCCACAUUGCAUGCAAGAGUGCCAGCAUGGCGUAUGCGUUUUACCCAACGUGUGCCAGUGUGAGGCAGGAUACGCGUUAUCAUCGCAAUCAAACUUCACCUGCGAGCCAGUCUGCACCAACGGGUGCAUAAACGGUGUAUGUCUUGGACCAAACCAGUGUGGCUGCCACGAAGGAUAUAACCUGUUCGAUGGCAAUCGCUGCGAACCGGUGUGUCGUAAACCCUGCCAGCGUGGCCAGUGCAUCGCACCAGACACGUGCAGCUGUAGUGAAGGAUACGUGCUGGCUGAGGACGACAAUACCGUUUGUGUGCCCAGCUGUUCCGAACCGUGCAUCAAUGGAGAUUGUGUAGCUCCCGACACCUGCAAAUGCCACCGGAACUUCCGACAACAGGACGACCAACCAUCUGAUGUUUGCGUUCCCGAGUGUCCUAACGGAUGCGUGAAUGGGCGAUGCUCUGGUCCAGGGGUUUGCGAGUGUGCAGCAGGGUUGCUGUACAACGAAACGACCGGUUCCUGUCAGCCACAUUGCGAUCAGCCGUGUGAGAAUGGUGUUUGCAUUGGAGGAAACCAAUGCCAGUGUUACCAUGGUUACCAGCUCGAUCUAACGAAAGCGCACAAGUGUGUUCCAAAGUGCUCAAAACCAUGUGUUCACGGGGUUUGCGUUGCGCCGGAUGUUUGUGACUGUAGAACAGGUUACGUGAAGAGCGAGAACAGCAGGAACGUGUGUGAACCCAAAUGCUCCAAGGGUUGCUCCAAUGGUCGAUGUGUCGCUCCCGAUCACUGCGAGUGUCUGAAGGGCUACAUCACAACGACAAGCUCAAUGAGCUCAAAAUCAGCGAUCUGCACCCCAUCCUGCCGGAACAAGUGCGUCAAUGCGUACUGCAUCCGACCGAACGUGUGCCAAUGUCUGGCUGGAUAUCGGUUCGUGGAAAACAGCACGCACGUGUGCGAACCAACCUGCGAUGGAUCGUUGGUGGAUUGCACGCACGGCCGUUGCACACAACCGAACGUGUGCGAAUGCAACGAAGGAUACACGUUGGCCAUCCGGCAGGGACGUAUGCUCUGUGAACCGCUUACGUGCAGCGAACAGUGCGUCAACGGGUUCUGCGUUGGCGAAGGUCGUUGUGAAUGUCACCCGGGCUAUCGGCCCUCGGAACAGUUCCACGCGAUCUGCGAACCGAUCUGUGAAGAGGGCUGUGUGAAUGGAGCCUGUAUUGCACCGAACACGUGCGUUUGUAGCGCCGGAUUUGAAUGGCAAUAUGGCAGCAACCGGUGUGAACCUGUCUGCGAUCCGGAUGUGAUUGAUUGUUACAAUGGCGUGUGUUUGGGUGGCAAUCGUUGUCAGUGUAUGGAAGGAUACUUUCUGCAGGUCCCGUCGAACGGCGGUCCAGCAGAAUGUGCUCCGGUUUGUGCGAAUGGAUGCACUAACGGACGGUGUGUUGUGCCGAAUGAGUGUUUGUGCAAUGAUGGAUACGAACGUCGUCCUGGGACGGAUCAAUGCGAACCCUUGUGUGUCCCCGAGUGUGUUAAUGGAGAGUGCGUGGCACCGAACGUGUGCCAGUGUCUGGAAGGAUACGUCCCAAUGGAAGACAUGGAGACAUUGCAGCCGUCGAAAUACACCUGUGUACCGUACUGCAAUCCGGACGUGGUCGAUUGUACGUUUGGUGUCUGUGGAGGUCCGAAUUCUUGUCGCUGUUUCGACGAUUAUUAUUCUACCAACGAUGCACUGGGGAAGCCCACGUGCGAAUUGAUCGCUGACCCGGUAGAAUGCACCAAUGACGUCAUCAUUUACAACGUGGACAAUGAGUCGCGUGAGUGUACCUGUGAGAAGUCGGAACCAUGUCCGGCGCCAUACUGCCCGGAAGUGGUCCCACCGGUGUGUAACGUUACGUGUCCUUCUGAGGAUGUAACUCCCCAACCGUGCCCAAAGACGGUUUGUCCUACGAUGCCUCCAACUAGGGUAACGACUACAACUCCCAGAGCGUUUCCGGUGACGUGUCCUCCAGAGAAGAGCUGUCCGGAAGUCACCUGUCCGACGGUAUCGCCACCAUCGAUGUGCCCAACCACUCCCAUCCAAGAGCCAGCGUGUAACGAGCAGUAUGUGAACUGCGAAAAUGGUGAUUGCGUGGAAAACAACGUGUGCUCGUGUCACACCGGCUUCCAGCUAGCGGUUAGUUCGGAAUCGAUCGCUUACUGCCAGCCUGUGUGCAAGGACGAAUGCACCAACGGAGUUUGCACCCAGCCGAAUGUGUGUGCGUGCCUUCCGGGGUACGUGGAAUCCUCCAACGGCAGCUGCGAACCGUACUGCGAGGAUGGCUGUCCUUGGGGAUCCUAUUGCUCCGAACCUGACGUGUGUCGGUGUGAAGGAGGAUUCUCUGCGGACAUCGACGGUAACUGUCGGUUGGAUUGUGACCCAGCGUGCGUUAAUGGGGAGUGUGUCGAUGGUAUCUGUUUCUGUGAACCGGGAGCGAUCCUGCGCGAUGGGCAUGUAUGCGUGGCGCAGAAAAACGACAACUUCAUUCGGAGCCGCUUAAACCUCGAAAGUGAUGAUGAGGAUGACGAAGACGAUGAGCUGGAUCAGGAGGAGGAAAUGCAGCAGUUAGACUGUCCCCCAGGUUUCCAGCCUGAGCCUGUGACGGGCGGAUGUAUUUGCCUAUCCGGUACCGUCACUGACGAUGGUACGUGUUUAGAUGUGGAAUCGCGUGAGACGGUUAAGGUGCUCGAUACGUCCAAUGGAGAAACGAGCGUGGAUCCUGAUAAUACCACCAUGACGCAAGCGGAACCUGUCCAGCUCGCAGGAUCAAGCCUGUUGUCCGCGAUCGAUCGCAAUCAGUGGAUCCUGAUAGCCGUAGCCGUCGGUCUCGUGACGUUCGUUGCGGUCACGUCCGUUCUUAUCUGCAAGUGUCGAAAGACGAGAAAUUCCAUGGAAACGGAUAUCGACUAG